AUGGGGCCCAAGCAAGCACGGCUUCGAGGUGCCAUCGUCCUGGUCGUGGCGAUCGUUUGCUGCCAGAUGGCCAGAUCAUUUCUCUGUCACCCAAGUAGUCUCAGGACGGAUGUGGCCAAUCAUCAGGAUCGUCCUGAUCGGCGGAGCGCUUUGCAACUUCUGGUGGCAGCCAUUUCCUUCAGUGGAGCAGAGUCAGCUGUGGCGGCAGCGUCGGCUCCAUCCAAAUGGGCAGGACGCUGGGAUGAUCCCGAUGCUCCUGGGUGCAAGCGCGAGAUCGUGAUGAAUUUCGAUGGUACAAAGGGUCGGCUGACAGGCACUGAGUCCACUGGCAUGAAUCCAGGCUUCUCUGCAGCUGAGAUGGCCCGCGAGAAGCGGGUUGCGAACACACGGAAAGGGUGCUCGCGUGGUGAUGAACUCAAAUUCUGGGAAGCGAAGCUGUCUGCUGCUGGCAAGGAUUCCAACGAGCUGACCAUAGACCUCUCGAAGUCAGGAAUUCCUGGUCCAAAACAGGUUGUGGUGAAGUGGGAUGGCAGUGGAAUUGUUUUUCCGGACGGAUCGAAGUGGAGCCGUGGAGGCGCCGUUGCCGGAGGCAGAGGCAGCUGA